CGUAACUAUUACCACUGUAUUCAAACACUUAUUUAUUUAUUUUGCUUAAACUUGAACUUUUGGUGUAUACAAGUGUAAUGCCUGACCAUCAUUCAUUACGACUGGAACUCCCUUGUCAUUAAGUGACAUUAUGUAAUAUUUGCAAGCAUGUUAAAACUGUACGUCUGUCAUAAUAACCGGGUGAAUUACUCAUCCAACGAAAUGUUACCAUAUACAUACAUUAUAAAAGAUGUAAUUAAAUGACGCGCUCUAUCCGAAAACAAUUCAAUGUGUACAAUAUGUAUAGAACUUCCAUUGUAUUCAUUUUACUUAUCAUAUGUAAAUUGCUACAAGGAGAAAAUAUCUAUCCUACAGAUUUUCGUUCAUUAAAUUUAGGCUCAUGUACAUUAAAUGGUGGAGAUGUAUACUGUCAACAGUAUAGACGAGAUAGUUUUUGUUCUCUUCUGCAAGAUGAAUGUUUUUGUCUACCUGGAUAUGUAUCAGUGAAUGAAAUGGACGACAGCUGGUAUACCUGUAAACCAUUAAUUACUGAUCUCUAUUGUCGAAUGGAUUUAGAAUGUGCUCAUAUUUCUGGAAGUAUAUGUCAUCCAGGUGUUGGUGCCUGUGUUUGUCCAAGUGGUUAUGAAUUUGUACUACAACAAUUUGCUUGUUUACCUCGUAUAAAUGACAAUAGAAACUCAUUAUGUACAGCAUGUCAGCGAUCAGGAGGAAUAUGUGUUAUGAAUAAGACCGAUUAUCCUAUGAACAACUAUCAAAGUGAACUUCAGUGUGCAUGUCCCAGAAGAAGAAUGUCGAAUAAAAUGGAACGUUCUUCCUUCGACAUAUGUCAUUUGACUUCAGCUGAUAUCGGUGAAGAAUGUAAUGUCCAAGGACGUAGAUGUUUAAGUCAAAAUGCUAUUUGUGUGCAAACUACAACAGUUCAACAGUCGGUUGACAACAGAUUACAGUUGAUGAGAAAUAAAACCGUUAACAUCUGUCAAUGCUUUGAUGGUAUGAUUCCUGUUUACCAGAAGAAUUUGGAUUAUUUUGAAUGCUUUACAGAAGUCUCUGACCCAACCAUACUCGACUGCCAAAGUUGUUUCCAGUCUCAUGGGAGAUGUUACCAAAUAAAUUCUGGUCUUACAGACAUAACCAAUAUCCAGUAUGGAUGUACAUGUCCACUGUUUCAACAACAUCUAUUAAAUUCAUCUGGGGAAUAUCUAUGUGAAAGUAGUUCAUGUACACAUGAAAAAGAGAUUAAAUUCAAUAAAAACAUUGAAAAAUACCACUAUAUAUUACCGGAUCAAUUUAGGCGAGCAAAACAAUUUACAAAACUACUUAAAAAGAAUAAAAACUUUUGUACAGAAUCAUUUAUUCAGGUUACCUGCGAUCGUCAAAGUAUCUCUGUAUGCUAUAAACAUCCUUAUAAAAUAUCAGAUCCUGUUCCAUAUAAUGAUACUGCAAGCACAUUUAAAGUUUAUCUUAAGUCUACAAUGAUCUAUCCUGAAUUUAUUGCAACAAAGUUCAAUGUUUCAAUGAGUAGAUCAAUACCUCAAUCAUGUCUAUUAAAACAAACAGGUGAUCAGACAUUUUGCUCAACUUUCAAUGUUCAAUUGAAUCAAUUCAAAAAAUGCGAAAUUUAUGAAAUUGUAUAUAAAGAUGGAUCCGCUUACUAUGGGACAUUACACGCUGAAGAUAAAAAAGAAGGAGAUUCUAUUUCUAUGCUAAGAAAUUUUCAUAUUGAUUUUCUGUGUUUUAAUGAAGGCAAAUCAAAGAUGUCUACAACGUAUUUCUAUGAUAGAUCAUUUUCCAGUCAAUUCUUUGAACGAAAUCAUCAAGUGAUAUUAUAUGAAAGUAAAAAUGAAACCAACACUGUCUCUGCAAUGAAAUAUGUUAAACAUGGGCCAACUAACAAGGUAUCGUUAACAACAUUCACUAAUUCCGACUCAAUUCCCCUGUCGAUUUCCUCUGAUCUCUCUAAUCAACUUUUUCUAACGUUAAUCAGAUUGAAGGAGAAUGAUAUAAGGUUGGAAAUUAUUUCAGCUGUAUCCAAAAAUAUACUAAUCGAAUAUUGUUUGAUUGAUGGUGUAUUCAAUUCGUCCAGUAGAAAAUUACCAACUUCUGACAAUGAAAAUCAUCACAGAGUAAGAUGCCUCAAUAUGCAUAUUAGCUAUCGGAUAAAUACGACUCACAAUGGAUUCAAUUAUCAAUGUAUCUUGUUUGAACGAAACAAUUAUGAUAAUAACCAAGAAAAGGAUUCAUUUAACUGGACAAGCGAACCAAUGAAUUUACAAAAUUUCCUGUUACAUAAACACUCUCAAAUCACAUGUCUUAUACGCGUUUGUAAAAUACCCAAAUAUUGUACAUAUGCUAAUCUCUAUUCAUCGCAAGAAACACUAGCUGAACAGAAUGAUUUAAAUAUCCCUUCCAAUCUGUAUAUACCCUUGAUAUUAUGGAACAGUAACAAUAUCGAUAGAAUACAAGAUCAAUACGGUGUACUCUUCCCACCAGGAAAUUUAGCUGAUUUUAUACAAUUCUAUUUUAUACAAACUAAACUGGAAACAAAUUAUACUACUGAUAAAAGUAGUGAUGUAAAGUCACAUGUAAAGUAUGCUGAUAUGAACCAUUCAGAAGUAUUUAAUUGGAUGAAAUAUAUUUUGGGAAUUUUAAUUUUCAUAUUUAUUUGUCAAACAAGUAUGAUAAUGGUGACAAGUAUAAAAAAGAUCUACAUAAGGUAUAAAUUAAAAGACGCCUUCAGUCCUUUGGCUGCUGUCAACACAAGAAAAUUUGAAAACCCAAUGAUGAUUAGACGUAUUCACUCAAAUGACAAUAAUCACACACAUGAAAUUGAGCGAAUCCAUAGUGCAAUCAAUCAAGGUAACAGUGGAUGCAAGCUAAACGUUGAGCUGAAUGCCAAUCAUCGCUUUGAUCCUCUUCAUAAUGACACUAUGGAUAUUAUUAUUAAACCUAAACAAACUAGACAUUCAACAACUUGUCUAGUGAUCUCUCCUUCAUAUUCACAGCAUGAUUGUCGUCAGUUAAUCAGUGGAUUUAAUACACAUCAUCAUCACCAUCAUCAUCGUAGACUUGCAUGUGCUUCAUGUCAUAGCAACCAUGAAAACCAUCGUUUUCCUCAUCAGCCUAAUGAUGUUCAUGAAUCCACAAAGUAUCCGACUCAAUAUACAACAACUUCUUUACAUUUGAAACACCAGAAUGACAACAAUACAAUAACAAAAAGUGUUUGUGAAUCCACUUUGGAUACAUCAUACAAUCAAAUUCAAAUGUCGACAGAAUAUUUAAAACAAAAUAAACAGAAUUAUCUGUUAGACAACAAUUAUGUUGAAAAUUAUUCAAGUCAAACUAUACCCCACCCGAUAAAUUAUAAACAUGACCCGUUAAAACAACGACAACAUGUUAAAUGUCCAAUAUAUUAUAGUUUAAGAAAUCAAAAUUAUAAAGAUGGUUGGGUUUAA